UGUCUGAUUUCACCAAGCGGAAGUGUGGUCUUGAUGACUAACUGGAGCUGUUCAGUGUUCGGCGGGACCCAAAAACUGGAGUCUUAAUGACGUGUUAAUUAGCAGUAGAGCUGCAAAGGUGCUUUCUAUUUCUUCAUUAUCGUUCAGAAAUUCACAGUUCCGCAGAUGGCAGUGUGGAUACGGUUCAUGAUAGUGACAGCUCUGUUGCUGAUUGAUGCAAAUGGAAACUGUGGACCUCUGGUAGAAGCGACAGACAGUCUUUUAGCAGAGAGAACACAGAAGCAGAAUCUGCAUGCACUUUUUCUUAAGUAUGGUGAGAAUGGGACCAUCUCAUUGUCUGGUCUCCGAAGGCUGCUUGAGGGUUUGGGAUUAGACCGCAUUAGGAGAGUAACAGUGCAACACCAUGGAAACAAUCAUGAACACACACACUCACAAACACAUGUGCACAAACAUACCACACGCGCACAUUUUGGUGGUAGCAAGAUGGAUGGUGAUAUUUCCAGUUCGGAGAAGAGUGACUCCUCCAGUGUGCAUCCUGACUCAACAUCAAUGAAAAAGAGCCAGUCGGAUGUUCACCACAAUCUCUACAUUAAGAGAGAUUCUGAUACCACAGCAAUCCUGACCACACCAUCUUAUGUCACCAAAUCACUCCGUGUUGAACGCAGUGCAGACUACAAGCUUAUGGACUCGGAUUAUUCCCAGACCAAUACAACACGUUCAAAUGACACGUAUCGCACCGAAAACAUAUCCACACACACCCUGGAUGACCACUAUUACCAGGACAAGGAUCUGCAUACUCCAUUGAGCUAUAACUUCAAUCAAGAGUGUCACAAUGCCAGCAUGAUUCUGCAGAUGCAUGGCAUGUCCCAAGGAACAACUCUCUCUGUUAAUGACUUCAGCUUCCUUUGCCCUGCCCUCCUUGUGCAGAUCGAUUUUAAGUCCUGCAUUCUGCAUGCUGAGAACCAAUCAGUAUAUAAAGAUCACUACCACCAGCAUGAUAAAAAUGCUGGAAAAAGCCAGAAGAAUCCUUCCAUUUAUAUUGCUUGGAUUGGAGGUUUUCUCUCUAUCACAAUAAUCAGUUUGCUGGCUCUGGUUGGUGGUGUGCUAAUUCCACUAAUCAACAAAGUCUGUUUUAACUUCCUGCUCAGCUUCUUGGUUGCCCUUGCAGUAGGUACGCUCAGUGGAGAUGCCCUGCUGCAUCUUAUCCCACAUUCCCAGGGUCACCAUAAGCACCAUCAUGCUGCCAGUGAGAGCUUGGAACAUGGUCUCAGUGGAGACAGUGAAGAUUCUCUUAAGCCUGUUUGGACAGGAUUGACUGCAUUGGGGGGAGUCUACAUUAUGUUUCUCAUAGAACACUUUUUGACCCUUGCAAAAAUGUUCAAAGACAAAAAACAAAAGGUGCAGAAGAGAGCAGACUUGGCUGUUGAAGUUUCAGAUUCUCAGACUGUGUCAGUAAUGGCAGACCCUAAAGUUAAACCACUGGAUGACUCUGAGGUCAAUGGCAGGCAUGCAUGGGGACAGGGUCUGCCUGAAGAGGAAGAAGUGAUGUUAUCUCAGGUUUACACUGAUGAAGAAUGUGAGAACAAGUGCCACUCCCACUUUCACGAUACUGUUGGCCAGUCAGACGAGCAGCAUCACCAUCACCACAACUACCACCAUAUUCUGCAUCACCACCACUCUCAAAACCAUCAUCCCCACACUCACACACACAGACAUACACACUCUUAUUCUGUCCAGCAUUUUGAAAAUGCUGGUGUUGCUACCCUUGCCUGGAUGGUCAUUAUGGGGGAUGGCCUGCACAACUUCAGUGAUGGCCUGGCUAUAGGAGCAGCUUUUACAAAAGGUUUGUCUAGUGGACUCAGCACUUCAGUUGCUGUGUUCUGCCAUGAGCUUCCUCAUGAGCUGGGAGAUUUUGCAGUCUUGCUAAAGGCUGGAAUGUCUGUGAAACAGGCAAUUCUUUACAAUUUGCUCUCAGCAAUGAUGGGCUACUUGGGAAUGGUGACAGGGAUUCUGAUUGGUCACUAUGCUGAGAAUGUGGCCAUGUGGAUCUUUGCUCUCACAGCUGGACUCUUCAUGUAUGUUGCACUGGUGGACAUGGUUCCCGAGAUGCUACAUAAUGAUGCUGGUGAAACAGGCUUCAGUCAUUAUGGAUUCUUUGUCCUGCAAAAUGUUGGGAUCCUGCUUGGUUUCGGCAUCAUGCUCAUCAUCGCCAUAUUUGAACACAAAAUUCAACUUGUUAUUGGAUUCUAAUCUCAACCCCACUGCCCCAGUUAACACCUUGUUCACGGCUCAUAGUCAAAUCUAAUUCAUUAACCUGUUUUAAUAUACAAAUAUAAAUAAAAUAUAAUACAAAUACAGGUCCUGCAAAAAAAAAAUGUUGAAUUUUGGAGCAGAUGUUACAUUAUAGUCAAAGUUCUACUGUCUCAUUAGAAUAUUAUUUUCAUACUGUUACUCUGUAGAAACCAGUAGUGUCACUUUUUUAUGUUUUUUGUCUGCGUGGACAGCUGAGAGAAUGCUUAUGCAGAAAUAACGCUGAAAGUUACAUUACAGUCAUGUAUAUAAUGGGGUUUAUCAAUCAGUGCAACAUUUUCACAAAAAAUGUAGUUAUUUAUGGUAUUGUAUAACCUGUAAAAGUAUUAUUAAGCAUUUUAUAUGCUAUUAGAAUGUGCAUAAGUGUAACUGCUUUGAGUGUUUUCUUUUGUUCACAUUCUGUUUCAGUUAAGUUUUGUUAUAAAGACUGUGUGGAAAAAUAAAACAGGUAGAUGUA